CAUUUACUUAAUGAUGCCACCACCUCUUUAGAUCACCUUUGUAUUGCCUCCACACUCCACACACCACGCACGACGCCUCCCACACCUCGCACAGCUCCUCCCACAACAUUCUCGGCUCCUCUUUCCUCUUUAUCAUCCGUCGAACCUCUCGUUCUUCCACCUUCGACCAUCGACCAUCAAUAUAGCCAUAAAGCAAACAACCCACACCCACCACCCACAGUACCGGUAGUAACUUCAUCGUCGUAAAGUACGGGUAACAAUUCAGUCAACGCUACCCGGUUGCUUUUGCAGUGUUAAUCGUUCACUUCGACGUCCACACCUCUGGCUGCACUGGCCACCGCUCAUUUGGUUGGCCACAAACUACCAAAUUGGCUAUUAAUAGUUCAAGAUGACUACUUCCAAUACCGGUGAAGAUGAGGAGAUUGCUAGGCUGAACCAAUAUCUUGAACAGUUGAUGAGAUUCGAUGUUGUCAAGGAAGGAACCGUGCAAUCCGUUCCUGGAGUCCACAGUUUUGAUGUGCCCGACAAAACAGAUUGUGUUGAAAAAUCCAAAUAUAUCCACGUUGACAAUAAGACAAAGGACUUUGAAUUGGGCGACAAAUUGUCUGCUGUACAGCCCAUCUCCCCUCCCAAUGAAUAUUCACCUGCUCAAGUCUCAGAAGACCAAAGAAUCAACACGUUGAUUCCAACUACAAUCAACAGUGUAUCAGGCAAUCAGAGCCCAGAGAACAGUGACCACAGACCACUCAGACACCAAGGAAGCAUUGAUGAAUUACGCAGCAUCCAGCCUGCUCUCCUUCAAAGGAACCACAAUGUUGACUUGACGUCCCAAUCAGGAGCCGGUGCAUAUGCCAUUUCAAACCCACUCUUUCGACCUCAUGACACCACUGCGGAAUCCAGGCCCAUAACUGAUACACCACAGGACGUGGAAAAUUCUCCUGCUCUAGUUCGGUUUGAAAACUCUGUGGACAGCUUGGUGGAGGCACAUCUGGUCGAGGAAAGCCAGACUGAAAUUGUCCAUGCCGAAAAGAUGCCAACCGCACCAACAUGGAUGAACCGAAGAAGCCGGCUCAUGCUGUUAAUCGCAGUACUGAUAAUUGUAAGUCUUCUUGUAGUCCUUGGCAUCACAAUAAGGGGAGAUGCAGAAGAUGAACCAAGCAAGUUAGACACAGAAACUACUUCCAACAUCCGAAAUCAAGGCAAUGAAAGCUCAAUGGCAAGCAAUGGCACUAUCACAAUCAGUGGGAGUGGGAGUGGGAGCACCAGCAAAAACAGAACUGAACGGUGUAUCAGGACUACAGAAGAACUCUACCAAACCAUCACUAAAUACUGGGAAGACACAAGCCCAAACUCAAGUGUAUCGAUUGUGUAUGGCUGGCCGAUGCGCAAGUGGUGUGGCAUAUCCAACAUUACCAUUUUUGAUCAUCUCUUCAAAGUGAGCCAACAGAGGAUUGACUAUGAUUCCAUCAUGCCUGCUAACUUGACUGGCGAAGCUGUGAUUACAGCUUCCAAUAUGGUAGAGGACAUCGGGUCCUGGGACAUGAGGAGUGCUCAAAGAAUCGAGUCCAUGUUUGAGGGGUUGCAGAAUGUAUCUGCUAGCUGGGGAAUCCAGAAAUGGGAUACCAACAGUCUUGUCAGCAUGAAAGGGGUCUUCAAGAAUACGUCAUGGACCCGUCCAAUGCUAAACUUGAGCUCUUGGAACACCUCCAAGGUCCAAACCAUGGCCCAAUUGUUCCUGGAUUCAAAUGUCCAACUUCCAGGAAUUGCACACUGGGAUACUUCAAGACUACAAACCAUGUUCCGAUUUGCAGAUGGCAACCCAUACUUCAAUGAAGAUUUGAGCAAAUGGAACACUGGAUCUGUCACAACAAUGCAGAAGGCUUUCAGGCGCUGCACUAGCUUUAACCAAGACUUGAGUGGCUGGAAUACCAGGUCACUGGAGCAGCUGACCAUGGCAUUCUGGGGAGCUACAAUUUUUCACAGCAACAUUGGCCAAUGGGAUGUUUCAAAUGUUGGGACUCUCUAUGGAACUUUCAAAGAAUCCAACUUCAACAAUGACAUCACCACCUGGCAUGUGGCUAAGGUCACUGACAUGCAGCAGACAUUCCAGCACAACAAAGCCUUUAAUCAAGACAUUUCAGCCUGGAAUGUGUCACGGGUUACAGCUUUGAACUGGGCCUUUAAUGGGGCGUCCUCAUUCUCUCAAGAUUUAUGUGCUUGGCGAUUCAGCCUUCCAACAGGCAUUCCAACCAAGAACAUCUUUCAAGAUAGUGGAUGUCCAAAUACUUCUGAUCCUGUCAGCAUUGAGGAAGGGCCAUUCUGCUUCAACUGCAACUAAGAGAAGACAUUUGGAUUGUGAUCUCUUGCUAUAGGCAAUCAGAUCACACCUCCUGCCCUUUUGAACGAGACUAGCAGAAUGCACUAGAAGCUGCCUAUAGAGGCUUAGUAUUGAACCUUGUUCUUCUGCUGUGGUAGAAUAUUACGUCAUCAUUCUCCUGGGAAGAGCUCUUCGAUACGGUACCGGUACUCCAGCUGCUACAGGGAGUGCUCAAGGCUUCGAGUACUGUAUAGCUUUUGAAGUAACUACGGCUUUGUGAGACUUCGAGAAAUGCCUGUAACACUCACCAACCUGCACUGCCAUAGUUCGUAGUACCAGGUAGCAUAACUUGCUGAAUGACUAUAAAACCUCUGAAUAUCCGAAA